UCGCGAGCUUUAGGGUAACCGGCAAAGGCCGUGCGCCUCAGCCGGGUCGGGGGUGUAGGGAGACUAAGUGUGCUGCGGGGCAGACGGGUGUGAAGACCAUGUUCCGAGCGGCAGCUCCUGGGCAGCUCCGGCGGGCGGCCUCGUUGCUUCGAUUUCAAAGUACCUUGGUAAUCGCUGAGCAUGCAAAUGAUACUCUAGCACCCAUAACUUUAAACACCAUCACUGCCGCCAAACGUCUUGGAGGUGAAGUGUCCUGCUUAGUAGCUGGAACCAAAUGUGACAAGGUGGCACAGGAGCUCUGCAAAGUAGCAGGUGUAGCAAAAGUUCUUGUGGCUCAGAAUGAUGUGUACAAAGGCCUUCUUCCAGAGGAACUGACACCAUUGAUUUUGUCAACCCAGAAGCAGUUCAAUUACACACACAUCUGUGCUGGAGCAUCUGCCUUUGGAAAGAACCUUUUGCCAAGAAUAGCAGCCAAACUUGAUGUUGCCCCAAUUUCUGACAUCAUUGCCAUCAAGUCACCUGAUACAUUUGUGAGAACUAUUUAUGCAGGAAAUGCUAUAUGUACAGUGAAGUGUGAUGAAAAAGUGAAGGUGUUUUCUGUCCGAGGAACAUCUUUUGAAGCUGCGGCAACAAGUGGAGGUAGUGCCAGUUCAGAAAAGGCAUCAAGUACUUCACCAGUGGGAGUAUCAGAAUGGCUUGACCAGAAAUUAACAAAAAGUGAUCGACCAGAGUUAACUGGUGCCAAAGUGGUGGUAUCUGGUGGUCGGGGUUUGAAGAAUGCAGAGAACUUCAAGUUGUUAUAUGACUUGGCAGAUCAACUACAUGCUGCAGUUGGUGCUUCCCGUGCUGCUGUUGAUGCUGGCUUUGUUCCCAAUGACAUGCAAGUUGGACAGACAGGAAAAAUAGUAGCGCCAGAACUUUAUAUUGCUGUGGGAAUAUCUGGAGCCAUUCAGCAUUUAGCUGGGAUGAAAGACAGCAAAACAAUUGUGGCUAUUAACAAAGACCCAGAAGCUCCAAUUUUCCAAGUGGCAGACUAUGGAAUAGUCGCAGAUUUAUUUAAGGUAGUUCCUGAAAUGACUGAGCUAUUGAAGAAAAAAUGAAUCAUGAUCAUGUCUUAAGAAGGAAAACAGUGUCAAAGUAUUCAGCUGAAAUCAUAGAAAGUCAUGGGUAUUAUAACAAUCAUUGGAAAGCUUGAGAGCUAAAUUUCAUAAUUUGAGGGGAAAAUUCUAUAAGAUGCCAGAGUGUUUUUUUAUGGGACUAUUAUUUUUUUUUUCUUUUUAAUUAUGUGUGGUUCUAAACAAUUAUUUUUUGAAAUUUUCUAAGUCCUUAAUAUUAUCUGUAAUAAAGUCUUUCCACAGCUCUAAAACUACUACCAGAAAUAUGCCUUGCUCCUUAAUGAGAGAAAAAAUUGAAGAGAGGGAAUAAAACUGCAUUCGUUAUUCUUU